GCUCGGGGCUCAGCGGCAGUGGGGGGACCUGGCCGAGCACAAGCGCCCAUCGCCUCCUGUCUGCAGGGGCCAAGCAUGAGAGAGGAUGAGCCGGAGACGCAGCCUGGUGCAUCUCUUUGCUGGAGGAUGUGGGGGUACCGUUGGUGCAAUUCUGACAUGUCCACUAGAAGUUGUGAAAACACGGCUGCAGUCCUCCUCUGUUCACUCUACAUCUCUGAAGUCAUCUCAGCACUGUGAAUGUGUGCUAGUGUCUAAUCGAGUAAACUAGAGUAUCUCUGGACCUCUCCAUUGUUUGAAGAUGAUCUUGCAAAAGGAAGGUCCUCGUUCUCUGUUUAGAGGGCUAGGUCCUAAUUUGGUAGGCGUUGCUCCUUCCAGAGCAAUAUACUUUGCUGCUUACUCAAAUUGCAAGGAAAAGUUGAACAAUAUUUUUGAGCCAGACUCUACCCAGGUACACAUGAUUUCAGCUGGAGUGGCAGGUUUUACUGCAAUCACAGCGACCAAUCCUAUUUGGCUAAUAAAGACGCGAUUGCAGCUCGAUGCAAGGAAUCGUGGAGAAAAGCGAAUGAGUGCUUUCGAAUGUGUGCGAAAAGUCUAUCAUUCAGAUGGAAUUAAAGGCUUUUACAGAGGAAUGUCAGCCUCCUAUGCAGGCAUAUCUGAGACUGUUAUUCAUUUUGUUAUUUACGAGAGUAUUAAGCGAAAACUACUGGAAUUUAAGACUGCUUCUAGUAUGGACAAUGAGGAUGAAUCUGUAAAAGAAGCUUCAGACUUUGUUGGAAUGAUGAUGGCUGCUGCCACUUCCAAAACCUGUGCCACAUCUAUAGCAUAUCCACAUGAGGUUGUACGAACAAGACUACGUGAAGAGGGAACAAAAUACAGAGCUUUCUUCCAGACACUAUCUUUGCUUGUGCGAGAAGAAGGGUAUGGAUCCCUGUACCGCGGUCUAACUACACAUCUGAUCAGACAGAUUCCAAACACAGCUAUAAUGAUGUCAACCUAUGAAGUGGUAGUCUACUUACUGAAUGGAUAGCAAUGUUACAAGGCUAUCUCUAGGAAGGUGGAAGACCAAAAGAUUGCAGUGGACCACCAAAUACCAAUGCCAGUGUGGUGGGCAGAAGAAAAUUAUCGAUCAGGAACAGGCAGCUAUGGACAUAAUAGAAGAUUGGUUAUAGGCAACCAUGAUCAAUUUGCUGCCUUAUUGUAUGGUCCUUUUGUGACCAUGUGACAAAGGAGCUGCCCCAAGGGGAAUGCCUUUAAACACAUCUCACUUCAAAAUUGCUAUUUUUUCUCCAUGUGUUAAUUUACAUGAUGCAAAACCAUGAGCUUCAGUGAGGGGGGGAGAGGGUCAUAUAUUGUAUUCUAUUGCAAGGGAUAGCUUUGUGCACUCAUAAUGUUUGGUCUUCAAUACAUUUUGUUUCAGUGUAUAAUACCUGUUAAGGUGAGGAGGAUGAAAGCAUAGAUUCAUAACUUUAUAUGUCUGAAACUUCUAUUGAACUCCAUCUAAAGUCUCAAAUGAUGAGACUGAGCUAGUCGUCGCAGCAUGCAACUUCCGUGUUACUGUCUCAAGGAAUGUGGCACAGGGACCUAAAAUUGAAUGGUUCUGUCGCUACAAAAGGUGAGAUUGAGGUACAUUCUAAGUUAUUGUGUGAGAAGUUCUCAUUGCUUAACUCUGUAGGAUACCAGUUUCUUAGUAUUGGCAUGCUUGGAUUUCCAGUUCUGCUGAGUCUUCUUGCUUUCAUUAUCAUAGAUUUCUGCUCCCUUUUAGAAUCUAAGGAGGAUCAUAAUGUACUGUUACAACAGAUCAUGGAUUCUCCUCACCUGAUCUGUAAUGUGACCCACACUACUAACACAGGGAAUUGCAGAACAGUGUCUUUAAGGAGUCUUAAUGAAGUGUUAAAUUCUAACAAGUGAAUCUGCUUUACAUGAUGCAGGAUAUAUAAUAAUGUUCAAUCAAACACAGCUUUAUGCAAGCUAAAAGCAGCUUUAUUAUACUAAAGCUUCUUCCUGCAAGGCUUAGCCUAAAACUAAUGACUAGAGUACCAACACUUCUCCUGGAUUAAAGGAGGAGGGCACAUACUUCACCAUGUGUAAAGCUAUAGGAAAGUACGUAGAUAAAUUCCUGUGUAGUAACAAGUAUGGAGUUGCUGUAGAUCAUUUUCAGUGAAACCCCAGAUACUUGCAGAGUGAUGGAGAAGAUGGUAAUUGAGAAUAUUUUGUUUAAACAUUCCCCUUAAAAGUUGCCGUGUCCCUUGUUUCAACCUAAAGCUGGGUGCAGAACUGCAGAUAACAGUAUAACUCUGCCCUUUCAAUUAUCUGAAUAUUCAGGCAUUGGUUUUAAUUGAUGUUUUGUAAUACUAGUUACAGAAUAAUGCAUUAUGUUUGACAGCAUAUCUUAGCUAGUUUGGUUACUUGUUCUGCCAUAACUUACCGAAUUUUCCAGAUCCAGAGUAUGAGAAAUAAGUUUCACAUUCUACGUAGUUUUUCAAACUCACACGUAGACCUUGAAUACUUCAAAGAUUAAAUCUGCUGCCCUUUAGCUAAGAUGUUCACAGUGAUUUUUGCAGCAGUAGCUUUCUAUCUAUAAAUGCCACUACACUGGUAUAACAAAGCAGUGCAAUUAACUCCUCCAGUGUGAUACUUCAGUAUAUGUGAAACUGUGCGUUUGUGUGCAAUGGCUUUAUCUUACAAAUGACUCCUUAUGCACUUUGUGGCCUUUUUUGGCUUGUGAUUUUUUUCUCCCGUUUAAGAUUUUAGAUAUUGGUCAUGCGCAGUUAGAAACAGUGUUCAGUACACACACAUUCUUUUGAAGCUAAGUGUGGGGUUUGAUUUCCAAACACCAGUGCAUAAAAAGACAUUGUUUGCAGUAGAUCACUAGGAUCGAUGUUCAGGUAGUUUCGGAGACUUUUAUACAUAAAAGUUUGAUGCAUACUAAACAACCAGUAUCUUGUUUUAUUUUCCUUUUGAGCAUUGUAGUGUCCUUCAUACUAUGGCAGAAAUCUUUUAAUAUAGACUUGCAUCCCUUGGUGUUAGUAAUACGCCGUAAUAACUGCCUCUCCUUUUAAGGGCCACCUGUAGAGCACAGAGCAUCACUGCUAUGCCCAUUCAGCAGGGGCUUGGCUGCAUUGAUGUGCUUUCCUUAAAAACUGAGUAUUCUUACCUGUUUUUUAAUACUAGAAGUGUUCUCAUUAUAGCCUGUGCUGCCCACAUUUAGACUAACCUUGGCAAUCUUGUAUUCUUACUAGUACAAGGAGAUUAUUUUAAAAAAAACACCUCAGUUAAGAAGUUUUCCCAGUGACCUCUCUAUGGGAAAUCUCCUAAUGCUGUAUUACUCAUAACUAGCCUUCCUGCUUCCAAACAUCAGUGGCCAGACUCCUCAGCUCUUGCUGUUGACACCAGCAUUUAACUAACAGCAAAAGUUUAAGCGCAGUAAUAUGAAAGCCAAAAGUGGUUAUAAACCAAAAACUGUUACAAUAGCUAAUUAUGGAGAAUGACUUGCAUUGAAAACACAUUUCUCUUCAGGAGAUACCCAGGUAGUUCAACUACAGCUGAAUUUUAGAUUUAGCAAGCACACAAGGCUCAAAUUUAUCCUUGGAGUUAUGGGUAUAAUUCCCACACUUUUAAUGGGUUGUAUUUGCGUAUUCCAGGGGUAAAUUUGGCCCACUAGAUCCGGUCUGCCUUCAGUGCACAUGCAUCACUUCCGUUAUCCUACAAGGUUGUGCGUGUGUUCAUGCCUCAUAGGGAGAGAAUAGCUCCCACUGAAUCUUGCUUCCAAAGGCGAGAUAUCUCGGUAGAAAGUUCUAUUUUUUGUGCUUUACUCUCCUUGUUAUCGACUGAAGAGAGAAUCAACCUCUUGUUCCAUUUCUUUAUGGAGUUUUAAUUCUUCAAAGACAAAACUUUUACAUUUCUUCAGGGGUGAACUUUUUUUGUUACAAAAACAAUUAAACCAAAUUGUGUGUUUUGUUUGUUUUAAAAGCUACCACAAUGUACAAUUAUACCUCUGAAUUAUUUCCCAAAGAUAUUGAAAUUCUUUACAUUGUUUUCUUGGUAUCUAUUUUGAAAACAUACAGAGGCAAACAGAAGAUGCAACAUUCAAUAAUACUGAUUAUUACAAAGUUGAAAGAGGAGUGUACUUUGAUGUUGUUUGAGUCACCAUCUCUUACUUGAUUCUUUAAUGUAGUUUACAUUAAGUUAUACCACCAUGAUUUUCUAUCGAACAGAGGUUAAACCUCAGUUUUCUAGAAAGGGUAACAUUUGAGAAUGACUUUACAUAUCCAUCUAAUUUAUAUAAACAAACACCCAUUCUUAUUUAAAUAUGAUGUAUGUUGUUUGACUUUAUUCAACAGCUGGUUAAGAGUCAAGAAACAUUGUAUACUAAGACUGCAGGUGUCCACUUUAGCCAGACAGUGGCACUAUAGUAUGUGAUGCUCACAGCAGCAGUGGAUCUAUGUUCCAUUUAAACUUGUAUCUGGUCUUAAACAAUUCUCUGGCUUUCCACAUUACACUAUACAACAAAAAUAUUUAUAAAAUAAUGGCUUAGCACUGUAAAUUAUUGUGGCUGGAACUUGGAAAGCCAUGACAGAAAAGCUUCAAGGGAUAGGUCUGUAUUUUAUAAUCCAUCUCAAUCAAAAUCCUGGAUUUAGAAAUCCUUACGUGCAAUGUGAAAUGUUACAAAGCAAGGUGAGUUUUGGUGUACCAAAUGGAAAGUUCUUUCUAACCUUAAACUGACUGAAAGAUCUGCUGUUUAUUUUUUCCUAAGCUUUGAUUUGUUAGCAUAUAUUGUUCUUAGUAGGAUCACACUAGUGAUUGAUGACAGGUUUUUAUUUUUCUUUAUAAUGAAUGACUGAAACUUCAACCUAUCCAUAGGGAUGUUGACAUUGUACCUAUAUAAUUCUCCAAUUACAUGAGACACUCCACAUAUUUACUCUUUUUAAUUCAAAGACAUUCAAGAAUGACAGUUUGUGCUUUAUUGCUAUUUUUAUUUUUGCCUCGUGAUAGUCAUAUUUGAAACAUUCCUUAGAUUGUAGCAUCUUAAAAAAAAAUUACUUGCAGAGAAUUCAGAUUGGAGACACUUUAAAAAAUGUUGCUUCCUAAGUGUUUUUUAUUCUAGAAACAAGCAAAACACUGAAGUGUGCUAGUUUAAAUGUAUUACUUUCCAAUUUUUUGUAAUACAGUUCUUGCUCUGUAAAAACUGAAGUCAUGUAAGUUUUCAAUUGUUCUGUUUAAGAGAGUCUGCAAACCCUGAAUAUGUGAACAUAAUUGUGCCGUAGGAGUUGUAGCUAAACACUCACAAAUGACCAUAUAUGUAGUUGCCUGUAAACUUUGUGCAUUUGCUCUGUAUUUAUAUUAUAUGGCUAACUUUUUUGUUUGGACUAUAUUUUAAACUUAAAAUAAUAAAAUGAUGUGCUUAUAUCAAA